CCCCAGGUGAAGACAAAACUUAAGCCAAAUUCUUCGGAAAACAUAGUGAGUAAAAAGCAGGAAGAUACUACUGUGAUGAAGUCUCAUAACCAAGAAAUCACUGUUUCCUCGGGUUAUCUUUCCCAACCCAACAGGCAUCAAGAAAUCUGGUCUAUCCUAGAGAGUAUUUGGAUUACAAUAUAUCAGGACAGCAUGGAUGUGUUUCAAAGACUGGGCUCAAAUUCAGCUCUGACAACUUCAAAAAUAGCAUCAUUUGAAGAAGCAUUUAUAUAUCUUCAAAAAUUAAUGGCAGCCGUGAGGGAUAUCCUUGAAGGAAUUCAGAGGAUUUUGGCCCCCAACAGUAAUUACCAAGAUGUUGAGACCCUCUAUAACUUCCUAAUCAAGUAUGAGAUAAAUAAAAGUGUCAAGUUUACUGCCCAGGAGCUUUAUGAUUGUUUUUCUCAGACUGAGUAUCGGGAAAAGUUAACCAUUGGAUGCUGCCAGCUGGUUGAGAUGGAAUAUACCAUGCAGCAGUGCAAUGCAUCUGUCUACAUGGAGGCCCAAAACAGGGGAUGGUGUGAAGACGUGCUCAACUAUAGGACCUAAGUGCUGAUUUGUAAAACUUAAGAGGAAUUGCAUUUGUCUUCAAUAAUAACAGUAACUUUCAA